AUGUCUACAAAGAAACUGGCAAAGGAAUUAGGAUUAUUGAGGCAGCGGAGUCAGUCCUCCUCUGGGUCAAAGAAAUCUGUGGUAUCAAAUCAAACAUUUUCAUAUCUGAUUGUGAUUGACUUUGAGUCCACUUGCUGGAGAGAGAAAAACAACUACAGCCAGGAAAUUAUUGAGUUUCCUGCUGUUCUGUUGAACACAUCCACAGGAGCGGUCGAGUCUGAGUUUCACACUUAUGUUCAACCCCAGGAACACCCCAUUCUGUCCGAGUUCUGCACUGAGCUCACUGGGAUUACACAGACACAAGUUGAAGCAGGGAUCCCCCUUCAGAUCUGUCUGUCUCGGUUCAGCCGCUGGCUGCAAAACCUUCAGUUAAAUAUGAAAGUAGUCUUUCCCAACAAACAGCAGAGAUGUUCUGCACCUUUGCCUUCUCAGAAACUGUGUACUUUCCUCACGUGGUCAGACUGGGAUCUUGGAGUUUGUUUGCAGUACGAGUGUAAACGCAAACAGCUUCAUAAACCUGAUGUUCUCAACAGCUGGAUAGACCUGAGGAGCACAUACAGGCUCUUUUACGACAGGAAACCCAAAGGCCUGAACGGAGCGCUUCAAGAUCUAGGAAUACAGUUUGCUGGGAGAGAACAUUCUGGUCUGGAUGACGCCCGAAAUACAGCACAGCUGGCAGCAAGAAUGAUGAGAGAUGGGUGUGUAAUGAAGAUCACCAGGAGCUUGGAGAGGAACACUGUAAUGGUCAAACCCAUACUUGGAAACACUAACUGUCCUGCCGACAACAAGAGAGAAAAUGGGAACACCAAUAAAAAGGACAAUACCGUCGCUGCAAGCAAACCCUCAUCAUCCAAAAUUCCUCUCAAGGCUUGUCAAAAACAACCAGGCUUACAGAACAUCACUAAGAAUUUCUACACAAAGGAAAACACAAGCUCAGUUCAACAAUCUGUUCCAAUCUGUCAAAGCCUGAUCUCACCAAAGACACUGCUCAAUGGUGCGACGACGCCGUUGUGGGGACAUAGCAGGAGGUCAGUUACAGCAGAUUCCUCAGCUAUGAUAAACUGUACAUCACCACACAUCAACAACACCAGCCUUGUUCUGUGUUCUACUACUGUAAACUGCUUUUCACAUUUACCUCAGCAAAACCAGGCCUCAAACACAGGAGCAACAUCCGGACUCGUAGGGGAAGAGGAAGGUGCAGAACUUCUAGCGGAAACAGAGGAGAGGUGUGGUUCUUAUGAUGAUGUGGUUCUGGAUGGUGAUGAAGGUAUUAAUGAAACAGAUAGAGAAUGUGACGCUGAGUACAUGUCAAAUUUUGACAGUGGAUGUUAUGAGUGGGACGAAGCCAAUAAUUCACAUUCACCCGGAGGUCAGUUCACUUCAAAGGACAACGUUAGAGAAACGGUGAAUGCUGGGAACAACUCUGAAAAGAUUACAAGUGAUUCAUCGGUGACCUCUAACUCUACAAGGACAUCAAGAUCCCAUAUUAAAGUCUCUAAUAACUUAAAUGAAAUGAUGCAGCAUUCAACAGCGUCUACGUCAGAUAGUUGUUUUGCUGUGCCUAAAGCUGUGACCUGGAGAAAACCAAAUCAGUGCAAAACAGGACUUGGAACCUCCUUACAACUCCAGGGAACAUCUACUGGGCUCCAUAAAAACUGUAAAACAGACAAGCCUUUUCCAUUCAGACCAGAAAACACCUCCACCCCCAAUGCCUCCUUUGCGAGGCCCAAACCCGUCAUCACACAACCCACAAAACACAAAGAGACUCCCAAGUCAUCCUUUGCCAUCUACACUGAUCCAACAAACCAGGUUGCAGCGCCUCCUCGUGGCUCUCUGUCCACGCCCAAAAAUGUCCUCUCCUCUUUGUCAACCAACACACUCUCCUCCCGUACCAAUCGUUCGUCCACUUCUAUGAUAAUGAAAGGAGCACACAGGAUCACUUCCCCGCUCUGUGCGUGUGGUCGUCGUGCAAAGCGACAGGUUGUGUCAAACGGAGGUCCAAACCACGGCCGAGGGUUUUAUUGCUGCCCAGUCCGCCGCUCAGGCAGCGGAGGCAGGGUGGGGAAAGGGUGUGAGUUUUUUAAAUGGGAGUCCGCUCUGAUGAAGAGUAGUUCAGUGGUCGCUCCUGCUGUCGGUUCCUCUGUUUCACUCUGUCAGAUCAACUCCACCCUCCUACAUCGUCCACCUCACAGGUCAUCACUAAGGAAAAGCUAUUAG